AUGGACAGAAAUAAUUCUGUUCCACAUUCACCAUCUAUAAAGGUAUGAAAUUCAAUUGUUUUUCUUAAUUAAUAAGUGCUUUUGUUUUCAGGAUGAUGAUGGGCAACAACGUCAGCAACCAACACCACCAACAGCUUUUCCGUUUUCGGGUUUGCCUGCAGGUAGUCAACCAGUGCUCAAUCAACCAGGUAAUUUAUUUAUUGAUUUUUUUCUAUUUGCAUCGUCACUACUUAUUACAAACAUCAAAAGGGAGCACAAAUCCGUAAAUAUAAAUACUUGACCGAAACUUUUACUCGCUAAAGUUGCAAGGGGUCAACUGGUUUUUAAUGUGCUUGAAACUUGUAAUUAAAUUAAACCAGUUUUUGUGUAGGCUAAAUAAAAUUUGAAGAAAACAUAAAAAAUCCAAGCCUUAACCUUUUGUAAGUAAGAAAAUUUUAUUUGAAUCUUGUGGCCAUUUUAGAUAAAUCAAAGUUCCAAAAAUAUAUCGAUCGCGAUAAAAUAUUCUGUCUUGCCGUUUUUUCUCAUCGAGCCAGCUGUUCCUUUCGAGAAUUUAUACUCAUUUAGAAAUUCAUGAGAAUAAAACCAACAAAGUGACGAGUUAAUUGAGAAGCGUCUCUUUUGUUUAGAAAUUAGAAAUUAUUUUUAACACUUUUUUCAUCACUGAUGUUUUACUACAAAAGUACCUCUCACAAGAUUUAUACCCCCUCUUCAUUUUUUCUUAAAAAUAGAUCAAAAAACUUGUCAUAUCUUCUAGCAAAGUCGUAAAAUGUCUACAAAAACACCGAAAAAACUAUAAAUUUUAAUGAUUAAACAACAAGAUGAACAAGAAGAUCUUUUUAUAUUCUAUCUGUAUCUCUAGCAUCCUUCUUUAUUUAUUAUUCAUUCCCCAUUGUCAUGCUGGCUGUUUCGCCAUUGUGCAUCUUGCAUUUUUCAGCGGCGGCAGCUCCAGGAUAUCCAAUGCAGGCUCAUGUUCUUUAUGAUCCGGUUACCGGUCAACAUUACAUAGUUCCACAACCCUAUUAUCAACCAUUACAACCAAUGUAUUAUCCACCACCGCAGCCACCAAAUCAACCUGCUCAUAUGUAUUAUCCAUAUCCAAAACAACCACAACAACCUGGUAAGAUACACUAGUUAUUUUGAAGUUAGAAAAAAAAUGUUUUUUUUCAGUAUAUAUGGGCAUGUAUUCUCCAGCUAAUAGUAGACCAGCAACAUCAGCUGAAGGACCAUCGAAUGAAGAUAAAUCUGAAGCAAAUAAUUCUGAAGAUGCCAUGUCAACCACAUCAAACAUAUCAAGAAGCUCUUUUUCACUUAUGUAAGUAUGAAAGAUUCAAACUCCCUCCAUUUUUUUGUGUGUGUUCUGGCGCGGCGCGGUCUGCGUCGUGUGUAUAUUCCGGUGGAGCGCGUUUUGAAUUUUGGAUAAUAUUUUUCAAUUCCGAAAGAAUAUUCCACAUUUUAACGAUUUUUAGGCAAAAUGCAAAAAUUCCACAAUUUGGAACAAAACGAGAGAAUAGUCGAGAAUAUAUGUUUCGAUCUCCAACAACCAAUCAUUCACCAUUUUUGCAUCAUCAACAUCAACAACAACAAGAUUAUGAACAACCCCUUCGAUCUCCAAUUGGACGAGCAAAAUAUGAAAAUCCAUUUGUGAAAUUGCAUCGACUUGAAUCCGAACCUUCUCGAGGGGGAACACAAUCAGAUUUUGAGGGAAAACCAACUCCAAAAUUCGCAUAUCCCACGAAUUCUUCUUCAUCGGAUGUUGAAACAUCGAGAAGAUUUGGAAGGCAAAGAGCACCUGAAACUCCAGAGUCUUCGAGAAGAAUAAUUGAACAAGAAAUUGAGAAAUCUGAAGAAACUAUUGUUGAAGAACCGAAGAAACGUGAGUUUAUUGAAUAUUUUUGACUUUAAAAAUUAUCUCUUUUUUUCCAGCUCGAAUUCCACCGGCAAAAUCUGUUCGAAUGGAAAUCAAUUUUGAUGAUGUUCCAGUUGUUCCAGAAGAAAAAAGGAUUCCUCGAAAAUCGAAUGCGACUGCAUUCACAGUAACCCUUGAUUCAAAGGAAAAAGAUUUAUCAUUACAAGAAGCUGCUAGAAAUUUGGCUGAAAAUCGAAGAAAUCGAGGGAAAAUUGUGAAAAUGACAUCGCAGGAAGAGAAAUCGGCUGAUCUUCCAGUGAGUCGAGCAAAUAAGAACUAUUUACUGGAAAAAUUAUUGACGGGAAAAAAUAGUAACGAGUAUGAUGUUGGAGAAAAUGCUGGAAAUGAGGCGGGUUCGGAAGUUGGAAGUCGAGAAGAUUUUGAUAUGAGAUCUGAAGCAUUGACAUUUGUUAUUGAUACUUCGAAACGAACUGGAAAUGCAGCAUAUCUUAAUCAGAAUAAUUUCCAAACAAAAGUUGUGCAAUUUUCUGAUGAUGAAGAUUCAGAAAGUGAUAGUGAAAGUGAAAUAAUGCAACAAUAUUCACAAAGAAGUGAGCCACCAAAACAACAACCGAUUAAAAUUAAAACUCCAUCUCCACCUCCACCUCAACCUGUUACAAAACCAUUUGAAUCAAGAAUAAGUCGACCAUCAACAUCCAAAUUAUCUCCGAGACCAACUUCGGGAACUUCUGAUUUCUUGCAAGAACUUGCUAAGCUUCGACUUAUGGCAGGCUUGCCAGCUUCGGGGAUCGAAGAAAGUGUUUCGGAAAAUGAUUCCACAAAAAGAAGCAAUUUCCGAAGAGCUGAAACAAGUUCUGCUCGAGCACCAACUGUUUCCUCAACUCAAAAAGUCAAUGCUCGCGCUUCAUUCAGUAGCAGUCGACCACGUGAAUCAAUCACAACAACACCAACACCAAGUAGGAAAACUGAAACGAGAAGAUCGUUGACUGGAACAUCAUCGCCGCAAUUAUCUGGAAUGUCAGCUGGACAAAGACCUCCAUUUAAGUCUGGAACAAGAGGAAUUCUGGUUGGUUUUUUUGUGUUCUCUGGAAAUUUUUAGCUAACAUUUUUCAGCUUGGACAAAGUGAAGAGCAACGUGAGCAAGAACGAAAUGCUUGGCUUCGACGAAAAGAUUAUAAUCCAAUGAAAGCGGCUGCGGCAGCUAGAAAACCAUCAACAGAAUUGAAAUCAAAAGAACAACAAUUCCAAUCGAGACGUUCUAUAACAAUAAAUACAAUAAACAAUGAUCCAUUUGCAAAAAGAGCACCGCAAUGUGUUUCUCGUCCAACUCCACGAAAUCGAUCACAAGAACCAAGACAACGCCGGCCGAUUCCAGGAGGAGACGUACAAAAAUUAUCUGGUUUGGCAAAAGCUGUGGAUAUGUUAUCUGCGAAAUGUAAAAAGAGUAUUGAAUUAAUUCGACUACAAAAUAAGGGAUGUUUAUCGGUUUCGGUGGAAGAUUUAUUGCAAACAGCUUCCGAACCACCAAGACCAAAUGAAUCAUUAGAUGAACAAUUGGAAAGAUUGUCAGAUGCAUUUGAUGCAGUUCAAAGAUAUUUGGAACAAUCGCCUUUGGAUGGUUUUAAUAGUCCAACACCUGAUGCUUUUUAUGAUGAUGAUGAUGUGGCUGAAUCGAGAUCCACGUUUUCCGGUGUCAGGUUGGUUUUUUCAAGAAAAAAUUUCAAUUAUAAAUUUUUUUGAAAUAUUUUUUUUUCGAAGUCUAACUUUUCUUUUUGAAUUUUCUAACAAUUCGAAAAAUUCUACGGAAAAACUUGGUUUUGUUAAAACGUAUAAAAAAGAGAAUUGAAUUUUAAAAAAUAUGGGUUUCCAAAAAGGUUAGGGUAACUCUGUGACGAAAUUUUUGAAAAAUAAAAUUUUUGAUGAAAUGAUUUUUCAAAAUUCCACGUCAUUUCACGUUCCACUUUUUUUUUUUCAGUUUAAAAUUUCAGUUUCAUUUUUUCAGUACACAUCAAGAAAAUCGUCCUUCAAAUGAAUCCAUAUCUUCAUCAUAUCGAAAAAAAGUACUUGAUUCAUCAUAAUAAACAAAUUAAUUAUCAUUUUCAAAUUACAAAUUCUAUAGAUUUUUUGCUCCUAAUUUAUUUGCAUCUUGUGAUAUAAAUUUGUACUCUUUCAAAUAUCCCCCGCCUUCUUUUUUUUCCUUUUUAGAAAAAUGAGCUCAACGAAAAAAAACCAGCUCAAUUUCACAGAGAUUUGAGUACUUUUACUAUCCAAGAAGAAGAAAGAAAAUUGAGGCAAAGAAAAAGUGGAAAAGAAGAAAAAGAAGGUAAUGAGUUGGUUAGCCUCGAGGGAUUUCGAGUCUUUUUGAAAAACGAAGAGGUAGAAGAAAGUUGCGGUUUUUCCCCCUUCUUUUUUUAUUUUAUUCAAUCCAAGGUGAAACAUUGGUUGAAAACUCGCGGAGCUGCUGCCGGUCCGAUGUGCGGCGGUGCAUUGCUCAGCUCCGGAUUAUGCAGAUUUUCCGAAUUAACACCUGGACAAUUUGGACUUACGAAACAAUUGGUUAGUUUCAUUUGUGUUCUAGAGAAAAAUCUCGAAGAUUUUUUGGUUGUGUUGUGGAAGAUUUUUUCAGUAAGUUCUAAAUAGAACUUCAAAAAAAUAGUUCUGAAAUGUUGCUUAUGAAAAAAUGUGAACAUGCCCUUUUUCCAUUUACAUAAAUAAAUUGAAUAAAAACUUCCGGUUUUCUGGAGGACUGGAAAAGUCCCAAUUUAAUUUAUGGAACCAGAACGACGAACUUUUCUUAAAAAACUUGAAACCCAAUGCUGAAACCCAAUUUUUUUGAACUUCCAGAAUUAAUUCAAAAGAUAUCAUCAGAACUUUCUCUCUUAUCCAAAAAAAAUCUGAACCAUUUUUUUUUGGAAUUUUAGGUGCUCUAAAAAAUGAAGGCUAGACCAGUUCAAAAUAUUUCUCCAAAAAGGAAUUCGGUCCAGAUUUACUUGACCGAAAUCUCCGAUUUAGUCGCUAUGUUUCAUAAAAAAACUAAUGAAUGUUCAGAUUACUGUAGACGACAUUUUCUAAACAGAAUCUGAACCAUUUUUUUGGAAUUCCAGACUCCUGAAAAUGAUGAAAACUUUUUCUAGUUCAAAAUAUUUUUCAAAAAACUUGAUUCAGGAAUUCUAAAAAUAUUUUCGAAAUUCUAUGGUUUCAUAGAAAAACCGUUCAUAAAAUCGUUCAGGUUCUCCGCCUUGCACUUCCACAUGUCACACUUUUAUUCGUUUCCAUUUGCUAUGCCGCAUUCGGUGGUUGGAUGCUAACAAUUAUCAAUUAUAGUCAACGAUCUGGACAACAUUCUCUUAUAUUUGAUUCGUAAGUUUCGGAAAUUCGGAAAUUUUAAAAAUCAAAUCUUUUAUUCGAAAUAAUUCAAAAUCAAUUUCAGAACACGUCAAGAAUUCGCGAAAAAUCUUAUCAAUUCAACAGAACUCAUAGAUUAUGAUCUACUUUUUGAUGAGUUUAUCGAAGAGGCAUUCGAAUAUCGAAAUCACGCCGAUGGUGUUCAUUGGCAAUCACCAAUUCAAUCAAAUCCUCUAUCAAAUUUCACAUCGAAUCUAUUUUUUGCUGCAACAACUUUGACUUCAAUUGGAUACGGUAUCGAUGCUCCUGAAUCACUUAUUGGUCGUGUUUUUUGUUUGGUUUAUUUAUUUUUUGGAAUUCCUUUGUAUCUUAUCACAAUUGCUGAUUUAGUGAGUUGACAGGCCUUUGUUCUAGAAUAUUAUUCCAGGGUUUCAGGCAAAAUUUUGUACUGAACUUAUGAAUCGUGGAUAUACUGAGAUAAUCAAACAUAAGUUCCGAGUAAAGCGGAGAUAUAAACGAUGGAAAUCCGGGAGAAUCAGAAGGUUUUUGCAAAUUUUUUUUUGGAUAUUUUAUUUGAUCUCCAAUUUUUUCAGAGAAUCAAUGAAAGUUGGUCAAGUCAUAAUUGCUGGUGGAGAAGAUGAAGUUGCAGAAUUCCUGUGGACUCAUCUUGAACACGCACAAUUUGUUGAAGUUCCUUUUCUGUUGGUUAUAGGCAUCUUAUUAUCGUAUAUUGGUUUGAGUUCUUGGGUCAUUUCGUGGAUUGAGAAUUGGGAAAUGACUGAUGGUUUUUAUUUUGUUAUGAUGAGUGUUUUGACGGUUGGAUUUGGAGGUUGGUUUUCUCAAAAUCAGGGCUGAAAACCGGUCAGAGACAGAAAAACAGAGUGUUUAUAUUUUCAAAAAAUUAAAUUUCGUUUUUUGCUACUUUGGUAAAGUGGUUAGUGAGUUCGGUUUUGCUUCACAAGGUGGCAGGUUCGAUUCCUGCCCGGCACAUAAAGUGUUUCUUUGUCUGGUCCUAUAAAUAUCUAUAGGGUCUCUGAUCUUUUUAGGAAAACAUUAUAAUUCUUUCAGACAUGGUCCCCAGGAAUGAAUGGUUUGCAGUUCCAAUUUUAUUCAUUAUUCUAGCUGGUCUCGUUUUAACAACAACUUGUGUUGAUGUUGUAGGUGCAUAUUAUAUUGAUCGAUUGCAUUUCUUUGGAAGACGUCUGGAUGAUGUGAGUUAAUUUUUUUUGGGGGAAUUUCAAACCAUAAAAUGAGGCUUUCUAGGAUCCACUGAGUUGGUUGAAAGAAGUUCAACAACGUCGAAUUGAGGCGAUGAAAAAAGAGGCGAUGAGGAAGCUUUUUGAGACUGUUACUGCUUUACAUCACAUUCGAUUGACAGGUAUUUGAGAUUUUUAGCAGGCUUGGUACAUAAAACAGGCUUCGGCCAGCCAGGUCCGGAAAUUGUGGGCGGAGUAACUUCCAGGGCCAGAGACCGGCCUGCUUGUGAAAUUCCGGCCAAGCCUCCUGGCCGCCCUGGUUUUGAACGGCCCGGCCAUAAUUUUCAAACUGCGGCAGCCAUUGACAAGCCUGAAUUUUCAGAAGUAUAGACCAUUGUUUCCACGUGGCUUUUGAAGUACUGUAGAAGAAACAUUUUUAAAUCUGAAAAUUCCAAUUCCAAUUUACAAACAAAUUUUUCAGCGUUCAAACAACUCACACAAAAUUACGAUGAUCAUUUGAGAAAAAGUGAGUUCUUUCAACUUCAUCCAGAAAAUUUAGAUCAUAUUUUUUUCAGCCCCAAAUCCACCUCGAAAUCUGGUCGCCUCACACGCCACGGCGGAUUCUGUUAUGUUGAGAUGGAGCGCUCCGAUUUAUGUUGAUGAAGGGAGAAGAUAUUGGUAUACGAUCACAUAUAAACCAAGGUUUUCCAAAUAAAAUUCUGAUUCAAAUUUGAAAAAAAAAACAUUUUUCAGAACUCCACAAAGAAAAAGUAAUAUUGUAGUUGUUGAUUUUGUUAACAAAGAUCGAUAUCUGGUUACUGGUUUGAAGUCUUUCACUUUGUAUGAAUUUAGUAUUCAUACAACAACGAGAUAUGGCCAAAGUAUUCCGAUUAAAGUUCAAGAAUAUACAGGUGAGCAUUGUAAAAAAAGAGUUCUGAAAGAGAUAAGGGAUAAACUCAAGCUCCCCUCCCCAGAACUGUAAUUUUAAAUAUUGUUAUGAUUUCCUAAUAAAAUAUGGGGUCACUUUGAAGCUCUAGAUUUUGACGAACAUUUUCAUAAAAUUUUGAAACAGUAUUUUUUUUUGAGGAAAAAAUUUCAAAAAUUGUUUCAAAAUUUUUUGAUAAUUUUUUUCGAAUUUUUGAAAAAUUCGAUAAGCAUCUAAUCGGCCAAACUUAUUAGACUGUAAUUUCUUUAAAAAACUUGGUAUGUCGAUUUUCAGCUCAAAAAAAUCGACAUGCAAAUUUAAAAUUGAAUUUGAUGUAUCCAAAAUUUUGACUUAAAAAAUGACUGUUUCAAAAAUUUUUUUUUUAAUUUUUUUCCGGUAUGUUUAAAAUUUUUAAAAAUAUUUAAGCAGUCCAGAAUUUACUCAUCUAAACCUCUUUCAAAGAUUACCACGUGAAUUUUCAGCUUCAAAAAAAAUCUUGAAAAAAAUUGACUGUUUCAAAAUUUUGUGAUAAUUUUUUCCAGUAUUUUUAAAAUUUUGAUAAACUUUGAUUAAGUUGCCCAGAAUUUAUUAAUCUAAAAAAUUGACACGUGGAUUUUCAGCUUAAAAAAUUGACAUCUAAAAAAAUUCACAUUCCAGAACCUUGCACAGUUCCACAAAGUGUUCGAAUCGAUGCGAUCAGCGACGAAACAGCCACACUUUCAUGGCGAACACCGAAAAUGAACAAUGGUCCGGAGGUGAGUUUUUUUCAUGUGUUCCAAAUAUUCUGGAAUUUUCAGAGUUAUGUGAUACAAUAUGUGCAAGAACCGGCUCCACAAUUUGUUUAUUGGAAUAAAUAUCGAGUUGGUGAAUCGUGUCGAUUUACGCUAACUAAUUUACAGCCUGAUACUAGGUGAGAGAAUUUUUUGGGGGAACUUGUGAUCUACAAAAUAUACUGUAGUCAAAUUAUCCUUGAAAUUUGAUCAAUUUUUGAGAAGGAGCUUUUAGUGGAAAUCCGAACUACAGUACCUUAUUUUGGAAUUUUCAAAAAGAAAUGUGUGAUCUACCAAAAUUACUGUAGUUUUGAUUUUUCUGAAAUGUAUUUCCUGCUCUAAAAUGCGGAAGGGAAUCGGGGUUACUGUAGAUUAUCGGGGAAAGUUUGGACUACUGUAGAUAAAAAUAAUAGAAAAAACUACCAUCUGAAACCUUGGUUACUGUAGAACUGCAAGUACUGUAAUUCGAAAAAUCCCAAAUUUCUGGUUACUGUAGAUUGUCUCAAAAAAUAUACAGUUUUCCUGUAAAAUUCAAAACUACAGUAACCACUGGAAACUUUGAAUGUAUGAAAAUAAUUAGAAAUUUUUUUAAUCUUCAAAAUCUGAUGAGAAACUUUCCGAAUUACAGUAUCUAUGUGGAAACUUUUUAAAAUUUUAGAUUUUUAUCUACAAGUUCUACGGUGCUGGAAUUCUAGUUAACUGAACUCUACAGUACUUUUUAGUUCAAAACUAUUAUUUUUUGCAGAUAUAUAAUUUGUGUGACUGCUGAGCACAAUUUCGGAUUAGCAGCCAUGUCAAAAUCAAUGCGAUUCCGAACCAAAAAAUGGUGGGGAGACGAGGAUAGUCAAUAUCUUCGAAUUCCUGGAACAAGUCAUCGUCUUUCGAUUGCAUCUGCUAUUAGCACAUUGAGUGCGUUGAGAUGA